AUGUGUUUAAUCCGUUUCUAUCUUCUCUCUCCGAGAUCUGUCUCUGCUCUAAAUAUUCAACGUUGGGUAUUGAUACUUACCACCGUGCGCCUCAUCCCAGCAAUUCUGGCACCACAAACGGAUGUGCGUUUUUUCGAAGGGGCCCACAAUGUUUUCAUCGCCAACAGCGCCUUCCACGUCGAGACAAGUCAACCAACCAGAUUUAGUGGUUGGAAGGAUGUUAUCUCACCUAGCGCCUUCCACAACUCAGGCGAACGCUACGAGCCUCCGAGAUGUCACCCUGGCACGCGCGAAGCGCUUCUAGGAAGGAUCAUGUCCUGGGUGCGUGGUGAUAUCGACACCGAGGCCUUGAUCUUCUGGCUGAACGGCUACGUGGGUGUUGGGAAGUCGGCAAUCGCACAAACAAUUGCGGAGAUAUGUGAGCGGGAGGGCCUGCUGCUCGCCAGCUUCUUCUUCGGCCGCUCGGAUCCCGCACGCAACGAUGCCAAGUUCCUCGUCACUACACUAGCGUACCAGAUUGGUUUGGCCGUCUCGCCAGCUCGCCACCGCAUUGAACAAGCCUUGAAUAUGAUCCCGUUAUCCACACCCGUUCUUUGGAAGCACAGAUCGUGA